AUGAUGAAAUUUGGAUAUAACCGAAAAACCAGACGACACUGCUCGUUAAUACCAUGGACGGAGUUGGCAUCAGCUACAGCAACACUCAUGGUGAGUACGGAUCGCAUCAUUUUGUUUAUAUCACCCGUGCGAUAUUAUAAGAAAGAUUAUUUAUAUCAAAUUACGCAGAUCAUUGUCUUUUUCGCAUCAGUAUCGCUGUUUGUCGCUAUUGCCUGGUUCAUUUCCUUCAGCGAUAAUGAAACCAUGUUGUAUGGUUUCUGUUGGACAGGUGAUAUUCUGCACCCGUUUUUUGCUGAUUUGCAUUACUUGUUGAUGACUGCUACCGCAACUUUGAGUGUCAUCCUCUACGUGGUUGUAUAUUUCCUGAGCAGGAAACAUCUUCACCGUAUAAAGAGCAAUCGAUCGGAAGUAUCAUUACAACUAUUUGAAGUACGCCAACGUAAACUUACCAUUACAAUGGGUGUUUCCUGCGUGUUUACAUUGAUCUUCUACGUUCUACCAUUGUGUUCGAAAUUGUUGAUGGGCGGUGAUGACGACGAUCCAACAGCCCGCUAUUCCGAAUUUGUCCGUGUAGUAGUAGCAAUCAGCUGUAAUGUGAAUCCUUUAAUAAAUGUAGCUGCAAUCAUUAUAAAGCAAGAUGACAUUGCAUACCGCGUAAAAGAAUUAUUACCGGAAUGCAUUCAUAAAAACAUUUGUCAUCGUGAAACGGUUACUCCUAUCACGACUGCAAGUAUUCCAGCCACUGAUCCAAGAAGGAACUGGCUAUUGAUCAUGCUAAAAGUAUGA